UAAGACAGUUCGGCUGUGGGAUGCCAAGACGAUGCAGCAGUCACAACAGUGCACCGAGUCAGAUCACCCAUCAUUGUCAAAUGAACAUCGCAAUAUCGAGGCCACCACUACCAUGACGUUGAACACUUGGAGCAAUCACUUCAUUUGCUUCUCGCCCAACUCCAUCCAUACGCUGCGCAACACUUCCGAGCUAAUGGAGGGAGCAUCCGUUGACGACCGCAGCUCGACCUGCUUUUUACUGGAUCAUGACAGUGGGUGGAUGGUUGGGCCCAAACAUCGGCUGUUAUUCUGGGUGCCACACGCUUCUCGCCACCCGUUUUAUAGCCCUCAGACUGCAUUGGUGAUACCUAGAGGAGGUCCCGAGCUUGAUUUGAGCCGCAUGGCACAUGGAGAACAUUGGCAGAAGUGUCGAGAGGGACCUUAGUACCGACGAUGACCGAAGGAAUAGAUACAUUAUAGAGAUUUCAGAUACAUUUUAGACAUGACAGCGAGUGUGCAGUAUAUCAUACGUUGUAUUCUAUUCUAUACCUAACAUCCAGUCUACGAGCGAACCAAUUAUUGAAGAGCUGACUGCGUGACUCAUGAUUGCUGGUUUGUUAGCACACGUAACGACAACCAACGCAGUGUAACGAGAAUGUUUCCCAUAUCUAGUCAAUCUGCGCUGCAUCAGUUUGCAGUGAUGAUCCGUGAGCAGUCGGAAAGCUCCUGGACUUAGUAGGGAUGCGUCACAUCAUAGCGAGGUGGCGAGGGAGAGGCAAAAACUAUUAUAAUCCUCAAGGUGCACAACAUCGACAAAACGACCUAGAAACCCAAUCAGAACAACACGCCCGGUCACG